UCUCCAGAAGCAUUAGAAGAGUCUUAGUGAGAACUCAGAAGAAUAAUUAAUUUAUAGCAAGUGGUGAGUUCACCAAAAUUAAUAUUUCCCCACCAAAGUAGAUAUUUUUGGGAAAGUAAUAUCUAGAAACUAGAAAGACUAUUUGAAUUAGAUCUAUUUCCCCAGAAAAAAGCAUUACAUGACAAAAAGACCAAAUAUGGACAAACUGGGACUAGCAACAGCACUUGCCUAUGACAGUUUAUAAAGUUCAUAGUGUUACUUGGCUUGAGAUAACUGCUCUAGCUUAUUGUUGGUAUCAAUGGUAUGAUUCUUAGAAAUGUUUUAAGAAUCACAAUUCUUAGAAAUGUUUUUAAGGAUCAUGAUUCCUAGAAAUGUUUCUAAAUUUAGAAUUUUGUGUGGGUGCGAGUGUGGGUGACUGUGUGCUCACGUGAUGUUUUGCGUAGCGACUAUAAAGAGAGCGAGUUUUUUAGUUACUGCAAGUGCACAAUAGCAGCUCUGUUAAAAUCUUUCUUUCAUAUUUCCACAAUGGCUGAGCCAAUGCUACUAAGUGAUCAAGAUGAUGGAGAAGAUACUGAAUCAAUCGAUCGUUUAACAGUUUCUGAUAAUAUUACUGAUCUAUCAAAAUAUGAUGACAAAAGCAUGUCUACAAUGAAGCAUAUCUUGACAAGUGAACGAACUUCGUCAGACAUUCAUCUGCUUGUGGUGGGAAAAACCGGCCAGGGGAAGUCAACUUUUAUUAACAGCUUGAUAGAAUUACAAAGAGAGAUUGCAAAAGAGGGAGCAGAGGCAGACAUGUGUACCAAAUCAUGUCACUCUUACGUUCAUCCUGAGCUGAUACCAGGUGUCAGAGUGAGGGUUAUAGACUCGCCUGGUUUGCAGGACAUACAUGCUGAUGAACAGCUGUACAUAGAAGAAAUAAAGGCUCAUUGUCAGAAGGUUAGCCUUGUGCUCUACUGCAUGAAGAUGACCAAUCACAGGCUUGAUAGCGAUGAUACGUUAGCUCUCCGUAGACUGCAUCAAGCGUUUGGUUCUGAUUUUUUGAAGAGAGUUGUAAUUGUGCUCACUUUUGCUAACAAAGAAGACUGUGAAAAGAGGGAUAGCCGAGAUGAGAAAGAUGAUGAGCCUCCAUUUUCAGAUAGAGAGGGAUGGGCAAGGUUAUUAAGAAAGAGGUUUGCUCAUAGAGUGCAACUGCGUGCAACUGAUAUCAAUGCUUUCUUAAAGCAACGCCUACAGAUUGAUAAUUUGGUCGUUGAGGUUGUACCAGCUGGCUAUUAUAAGCCAACAUAUUUUAAUCCUAACCCAAUGAAGCUUCCUGAUCAAGAGAAUUGGCUACACAACUUGAUAAAAUUCACUCACUCGCAAAUAAAGAAAAAACACAAUUUUAGCUUGUGGAAUUUAAAUGACAAGAUCCAUUUGGCUAUCAUUAUUGAUAAUCAUAGCGAAGUAAAGAAAGAAGAUGAAGGGACUAAGAUGAUUGAUGACGAUGCUCAGAAAAUCAAAGAAGCCCUUAAUACCCUUGGGUAUUGUACCCUCUACUUCAAGUUCCUGAGUUCUCGAUCAAUCAACACUCUACUGGAAGUGCUUCAUCACAUUGAUCACUCUCAGUUGGCCACAUUUGCUUUCGUUUUCCUUUGUAAGGGCAAGACCAGACACCUUUAUGAUUGCAACAGCGAAAUAAUCGAUGCUGAAAAAUUUUUUGAGUGCCUCCAAAAUGAUCAAUCUCCUUUUGCUCAAUUACCAAAAAUCUAUUACUUUCAUUUAGCCCAUGACCAGGAGCCCAAAGAGAAACUUCAGGUUUCGUCUACUCCUUCUAAAAAUUCUAUUCUUCUCAUAACGUCAGUAAUCCAGAAGAAUAGCAGUGUGGUUUUAGACACUGUUACAAAUAACCUGAAGGAGGGGGCCAGCAUACAAAAAUGCUUCGAGGAGAUUCGAAAAGAAUGUAACAGAAAUGAUAACAUAAAGGUUUCCUGCAUGUACAUUGAUAGAUUUACUGACAAGUUUGUUCUACCUUCACCAUAUAUACCUUUCAACUUGAGAGCAGAGAAAGAGUACUACAAGAAGCAGCUAGAGAUAUACCGCUCUAUGUGGCACCCAAUACGUUCUGAGACCAUCAGUGUUAUAUCAGAAAAUAAAGAUAAAGUAUUGGAUAUAGUCCGCAAUGAGAGGAUAGCCAGAAUAGCUGCAUCAUCAGCCAGUCUAGUGCUAGGAGGUGGGAUGGUGGUCCUUGGUCUUGCUCUGAUUCCAGUCACUUUUGGUGCAUCAGUAGGCCUAUCAGUUGCUGGUGGUCUGGUUGGGGCUACUGCAUCACUAGGAGGGGUAGGAGCAUUUAUUGCUAGAAAAAUUCUAGAAAACAAACAACUGAAAUCAGCCCAAGACCACAUUAGCCUUGAUCAGCAGUUGAGUAUUAUUAUCAAUGAAAUUGCUGAGAAGUAUGAUGCUGCUAUGGUAAAGUGUACUCAGUCUGCACUCAGCACUAGAGGAAUGGCGGGAAAUGCUGCAGCUGGAGGGGCUCAGGGUAUUGCUAAUGUGGGUCGAGUUGGUAUGGGCAUUGCAGUUGGAAUAGAGUCAGCUGCUGAGGUUGGAGCUGUUGCUCUGCGUACCGGAGCACGUGUUGCUGGUGCAGUCUUAGCUGGGGUUUCAUUAGCAGUGACGGUACCAAUUGAUAUUGGAUUUAUUGCAUAUCAUAGUUAUAAUAUACACCAGUCUUCAAAGGAUAAGACUGGUAAAACUGAUACUAAUCAAGUGGUACAAUGGCUCAUCAAGCAAAUUGAAGACAUGCUGAAAGGUACUUGCAUCACUAUUGAGUUAAAACAGCAUUCAAUAGGAGGAAAUGAAUCCACAAUUGAAAGUCCUGACAAUGGUUAUGAGUUGAUUGUACCAGCUCUCACUGAAGAGAAGUCAACCAUUAUUGUUCGCACUAUAUUCUGUGGUCCUUUUACUCUACCUGAUGGCUGCACUAUUGUUAGUGCUAUAUGCGAUAUUGCACUACCAGAAAAGCUACCUCCAGAUUUUUAUAGCACCAUCAAGCUAGAGCAUUGUGUUAAUCUAAAUGAUGACAUCACUGCCAGCAAAAUGUGCUUUGCAACUGCUGCUGUUGAUUUAGAAAAGAAAGUCCUUGCAUUUGAUUGCAUUGAUGGAGGGACUUUUCCUAUAGGAGAAACGUAUGCUUCAUUAGAGAUCAGUAAAAGCUGUCUCAUUUGUGUUUUGUACAAGAGAUCUACGAGGGACACAUCAGUGAAAUAUGCUGGUCAAUGUUCUUAUGUCAAAGAAUAUAAGAACUGCUGGACUAUGAGUAUACUAUUCACUAAACGCCUAAAGGCACAAUUGAAGUAUGCACAAUCUGAGUCAAUUGGCACCAUUGAGUCUCACUCCUUCUUGUUUACAGACUGGAAUGAUGGCCAAGAGUUAUCAAUAGGACUUCAUAAUUUUAGAAAUUCAAUGGAAACCAAUGGAUGGAAGAUAUCACCCAUCUCUCCCAUACCUAAUCAGAUAACAAAAGCUGAAAUUGAUUCUGUUGAGUUACAACAGGAUUUUCGUAAGCUCCAGUCCAGAAUAAUUCCAUUGAUUGAGUUCUCAGUUUAUGUUGAUGAUGAACCUGCUUCUGAUGAACCUGCUUCUGAUGAACUAGAAAAGCAUCUUGACAUUGAAGGCACUACUUUAAAUAUUUUUGUCAAGAGACAAAAGGAAUAAAAAGAAAUAACAAUGAACAAUGGUCUUUUUAUGCGUGUUAGUUUUAUACUUUUGGUUUUUGUUUUUGUUAUCAGAAUUUGAUGAGUGUUA